GUUGGCAGGGAGAAACACUUUCAUUGGCACUCCUUAUUGGAUGGCGCCAGAGGUCAUUGCCUGUGAUGAGAACCCAGAAGCGACAUAUGACUAUAGACUCUAUGUGACAUGCAUCCGAUGCGCGCCCUUUUCCUUAUUCCCAGAAAUCCUCCUCCACGGCUCAAGUCAAAGAAGUGGUCCAAGAAGUUCUUCAGCUUUAUUGAAACCUGCCUAGUGAAGAAUUACAACCAUCGCCCCUCUACAGAGCAACUGUUGAAACAUCCUUUCAUUAGAGACCAGCCUAAUGAGAGGCAUGUUCGCAUCCAGCUCAAAGACCAUAUCGACCGCACUCGUAAGAAGAGAGGAGAGAGAGAUGAGACAGAAUAUGAGUACAGUGGAAGUGAAGAAGAGGAAGAAGAGCCACAAGAACAGGAAGGAGAACCCAGUUCUAUAGUGAACGUGCCUGGUGAAUCUACUCUGCGACGUGACUUCAUUCGUCUGCAGCAAGAGAAUAAGGAGCGAUCAGAGGCACUGAGGAGACAACAGCUACUCCAGGAACAGCAACUCAGAGAACAGGAGGAGUAUAAGCGGCAAUUGUUGGCUGAGAGACAGAAACGCAUUGAACAGCAGAAGGAGCAAAGACGACGACUUGAGGAGCAACAGCGACGGGAGCGUGAGAUGAGACGGCAGCAAGAGCGGGAGCAAAGACGCAAGGAGCAGGAGGACAAAAGACACAAGGAGGAAAUGGAACUUAAGCGUAAAGAGGAAGAAGAGCGCAGGAGAGUCGAAGAGGAAAAGAGAAGGAUUGACCUUGAACAGGAGUUUAUCCACCGGCAGCUCGAGGAGGAGCAAAGACAUCUUGAAAUCGUUCAGCAACAGCUGCUGCAGGAGCAGGCCAAACUACUGGCUGAUGAGAGGUAUCAUAAGAAUCUUCAGGGCACCCCUCAUGCUGCUCCACCCAAACAACCUCCUUUGCCACAAGGAUCUGAACCGUACACCAAUGAAAACUCCCCCACUGAGACUUCAGGCAUGCACAGGCCAAUGGAACCACAGGUUCAGUGGUCUCACUUAGCUGCUCUAAAGAGCAACUCAUCUGCACUCCAUGUGUCUCGCUCCCAGUCCUUCAGUGAUCCUGUUCCUAGUUUUGCACAACUUCAUCUUCGCUCUCAGGACUCCUCUCACCAGCACCACCCAGUGCACCCUUCAUACCCUGACCACCCGCAGCCUCCUCAAUCCAGGGGCCUUGAGGCCCCUGAGCAGACUGUUGAUGAAGAGGUGCCCCCGAGGGUGCCAAUAAGAACAACAUCCAGAUCUCCUGUGUUGUCCCGUCAAGAUUCUCCACUACAACUUGGGCUGCAUAACAACCAAGCUGGACAGAGGAAUGCUGGAAUUAACGUGGAGCCACGGCUGCUGUGGGAGCGAGUUGAACAACUCUCAUCUAGACCAGGUAGUGGGAGUUCCUCUGGCUCCAGUAACUCCAGCUCUCAGACUGGAUCACAGGCCACCUCAGGGGAGAAGUUCAGGUUCCGUUCCUCUUCAAAGUCUGAGGGCUCACCAAUGCAGCGGCCAGAGAUUGCUGGGAAGAAGUCAGAAAAGAAGAAAGACUUUGUAAGACCAGCUAGACAUGCUGUAAGUAACUGCUGUCCUGAAUGUCAAAUCAUCUGAUUUGUUGGUGUGCAGACAUGU